ACAAUUAAUUCUUCGUAAUUUAAUAUUCCCCGUACGGUAAAAAAAUCCUUCAAAUCAACCUCUCUUUCAAGUUCUGUUUGAUUCGGAUUUCAGGACUCAAUUCGAAAAUGGCGAGCCAAGAAGAAGAGAUUAAGCUUCAAUUAUUUCUCCUAUGGCUUCAGGUAAAUGGAGUGGAGUUUAGAGGUUGCAACAUCAAAUACUGUGAUUCCAGUAAAGGGUUUGGUCUAUUUUCAACUACUAAUGUUUCUGAUGGGGUUUUUUUGGUUGUGCCACUUAAUUUGGCAAUAACCCCUGCGAGGGUUUUGGAUGACCCUUUAUUGGGACCACCAUGUAGAGCAAUGUAUGAGGAAGGUGAAGUGGAUGAUAGGUUUUUGAUGAUAUUGUUCUUGACUGUUGAACGUCUCCGUGGUAGUAAUUCGACAUGGAAACCGUACCUUGAUAUGAUUCCUAGUUCCUUUGGAAAUCCACUUUGGUUUACUGAUGAUGAGUUUCGGGAGUUGAAAGGAACUAAUCUUUAUCAGGCCAGCAUAUCACAAAAGAAGAGUUUGCUGGCUAAGUUUGAGGACAAGGUGAAGAAUCUGGUACCGAGACUUCUAAUUUUGGAUGGACAAUCAGAAAGGGAGGUGGCUUUUGAAGACUUUCUAUGGGCUAGUUCUGUCUUCUGGACCCGUGGUUUGAACAUUCCUCUUCCUCUUACUUACAUAUUUCCUGAAGGAUCCGAGAUUCCUGCAUCUGAUAGUAUUUCUAAUGGGUUAAAUAUAGCCUCUAUGGAAGGAGAGACUCUGUGCAUUGAGGGUCUUGUUCCAGGAAUCGACUUCUGCAACCAUGGUAUAAAACCUGCAGCAACGUGGGAAGUUGAUAGCACUGGGACUACCUCUGGAGUGCCCCUCUCAAUGUUUCUUCUAUCUGUAAAUUCUGAAAUUGGGAAAGAGAUAACCAUCAGCUAUGGUAACAAAGGAAAUGAGGAGCUGCUUUAUCUCUAUGGAUUUGUAAUUGAAGACAAUCCAGAUGAUUUUCUGAUGGUGCAUUAUCCAGCAGGUGCACUUCAAAAUGAUCCAUUUGCAGACUCGAAAACACAACUUCUCCAAGCACAGAAAGCUGAAUUAAGGUGCCUGCUACCUAAAAGCUUGUUGGAUCAAGGUUUUUUCCCAUGCUCAUCCUCAGAAAGCAACAUUCAGGAAUGUGACAAGAAUAAGGGCCCGAAUUAUAGUUGGAGUGGCCAGCGGAAGACCCCUUCAUAUGUGAAUCAACUUGUUUUCCCUGAGGAUUUUAUGACUUCGUUGCGGACUGUAGCAAUGCAAGAGAACGAGCUUUUCAAUGUUCAAUCCUUGCUUGAAGAGCUUGUUGGAAGUGAAGGGGAGAGGGUACCAUCAGAGGCUGAAGUUCGAGCAGCUGUAUGGGAAGCUUGCGGGGAUUCAGGGGCUUUGCAACUUCUUGCUGAUCUGCUGAAUACAAAGUUAAUGGAUCUUGAAGAGGGCUCGGGUACAGAAGAAUCCGACUCCAAAUUACUUGAGAAGACUGAUGAGAUGAUGAGAAGAAACAGGUGGGCGAGUAUAGUCUAUCGACGAGGACAAAAGCAACUAACCAGACUGUUCCUACGUGAGGCCGAGCAUGCUUUGCAGUUAUGCUUGAUGGAAGAAGAGUGCUAGACCUUCUCUAUGACUAUCCCACACAAAUCAACAGCAUGAAUUUUUUAAUUUGCACCCAUAUAAUCUAGUAAGCUUUAUGUUCUAUAUUAUUGAAUUUUGCAUAGAGGUAUAGAUUUACUGAUAGUUCAAUAAUGUUUAAUGCCUAUUUGAUUUAGGAUUUUGCAACCAAAAUUGUCAUAGAAAGUUUAAUAUAUUGCUCAAUAAGAUCAGUGACUUGCAAUAUAAUCUUACACUUGAAUUCUGGAAUUCAUAUCCAAAGAGCUUCAUUUUA